AGCACAUAAAAAAAUAUAACGGCUGUUAUCGGACCUGUACUCUACCUUUUAUACUUUCAAACCUACGCAUGUGCAGGACGGAAGCGCCAUUUUUAAAAACAAGCACUUGGUCCCCAUCACCGUAACAAAAACAUGCCUCCAAAAACUAGAAGAAAGUCAGCUAGAAACAAAGAAACGCUUACUGAAUCAGAAACUCCUUCAUCAUCUGAGGAACCUGAGUAUAGGAAGACCCUUGAAAUAAUAACAAGACUGUCACAGAAAUAUCUUAAUACAGGAUCAUCUAGUACAUGUAGUACAUCAAAAAAAGGGAACAAAAAUGAACAAGAAAUAGGUUACGAGGGUGAUGAAGAGAACACUACAGGAUCUAGUGCUUCUUCGUCUGUUGGUAGUCCUUAUGACUUUGAAGAGGAACCAAUGUCUGAGGAAUCUUCCAUGAAUAAGAAAGACAAAAAGAAGAAGAAACAAGACAAUAAAUCUGAUAAACAAAUUAAACAGAAAAAAACACCAACAUUGCAAAAGAAAAUCUCACUGAAACCUCAAACAAAAACUCCUAAAGCACAAAAUAAAAGUGUAAGAUUUGAUGAGACCCCAAAAUCUCCAUUGAAAGAGAAAAUGAAGUUUCCUACAACACCAUUACCAAAGUCACCAGUUGUAGCCUUAGAAAAACUUGAUAUUCAGAUGGUGGAGGAAUCUCAAAGACAAUUAAGGAAACGUAAAGUGGAUACACCACAAACUGUUUUCACUGAAAUUAAAGUGACUAAAAAAGAAUCUGUAGAUAAAAUUAAACCUGAAUCAAAAUUGAAAGGACCAAAAAUGAGUACCUCUAUUCAUCUACCUAGUAAAAUUAUACCGGCUAUGGUCCAGGAUACAUCUACACCAAAUGAAAGUGUUCGGACAUUAAGGAAGAGGGGUAAUGAUUCAUGUUUUGGGUUUGAAGAUGUCAAGAGAAAAUCGUUACUCGAAUCUCCAGUAAAAAGAGUGCCCAUUACUCCUCUGUCAGACUAUGCUUCAAUGGACGUAACAAUGGAGGAUAGUGUACAAAUAUCAAAACCCUCAUCACCCAUGUUGUUUUCUAUGGAAGAAGAAGACUUUUGUGAUCUGCAGGUGAACAAAAGCAUGAGUAAGACUUAUAAACCAAAGAAAAAACUGCCAACCAAAAAACAACAGGUAGUGAAAUCCAGUGAAUGGGCUAACAAGAUAGAAAAGAUGAGUGUGGAGUUCAAAGAAAUAGAAAGUUUUGAAUUAAGUAUUGAGCAAGACUGAUUCCAGAAUCCAAGAUUUAUAGCAUUUUAAGUUAGAUUUUAUGGUUUGAUAUAUACCUUCUUUUUGGUAUAAAUUUUGUGGUGAAUUUGAUGUUUCAAUUUACAGAAAGGCAGCAUUUCUUUCAUAUUCUAUAUAUCUUCAUUUGAAACUACAUUUAAUAGAAGUUGUACAUUUGAUUUAGUCUUAUCAUUGUAUUAAAUGUAGAAGUUAUUAUAAAGUCUUGUGUGAGGCCACAUUAUUUAGAUCAGUUAGCUUUUACACACAUGAUUUGUUUUAAAGGAAGGCGAUAUAGUUCAUAGAAAUGAUGAACCUGAAAUGGAAAACAAUGACAUUUCUAUGGUAUAAUUUAAAAUUAAAUGUCUUACAGAAGUAUUUUUCUAUUUUCAUCAACUCAAAUAUUUAAUAAAUUCUCUCUACAUUCCAUUAAUUAGGCUGAUUAACAAAAUAUGUGAUCACUGAAAUUUUGUGCAUUUUGUUUUAAUAAGUUAUCCCAAUUUUCUUUUUGUCUUUUAUUUGGACAGAAAUUUUGUCUUCUCUUUUACAAUAUUAAACAUUUUGCAAAUCAAAUAAAUUUGUCUCUAAAAUUUAAGUUAUUUUAGAAUAAAACAAUAUUAAUCAGAGAGUUUAUUUUCAAACAUUACUUAAAAAUAGGAACUGAAACCUAUUGUCACCCUGACCUUUAUGAUAUAUAAUAUACAGCAACAUAUAAUUGUUUGUGUUUAAUGUCAUGUUAUUGGAGAAUGGCAUAAGUUGUAAUGAAUAUUUGUGUAGAUUUCAAUACAAAUAUAAGAACAUGUACAAUGUUCAAACUUUUUAACAAUAAAUGACUUAAAUCAAGUGAAUUAUUAUUACAUCUAUUUUUGAUAUUUUACACCUUUUUUUUGCACACACACUGUACAAUAGUUUACAUUAACGUGUUAACUACAUGAAUUAUUAAAAAAAUAUGUUGUGUUUAAUUUUUUGUAUUUUGUAUAACUUUAUAUUAUGUAUUUUUCAUAAUCAUCAUGGUAAUAUAGACCAACAUGCAAAUUAAUGUAAGACUUAUAUAUCAUGUCUAUAGAGAGUUUGAAUGAAUUUUUGGGGCAAAAUUAUUUUCUAAGUGGUAUGAACCUAGUCUUGUGUCUUAACAAAACUGCAUACACACUUUUAUAAUUGAUCUGUUAUAUUUUCAGAAAAGUAUCACUUUGGGGUAAAGCUUUCAAUGACUGUUGAAUUGAAUGUUGGAUUUGUUUAAAAAAAUAUUUGGCACUUUCUGGAAUAUUUCAGUUUCAUAAAUAAUCAAAUAAAAUAUUCUAGAAUAUUAAGGAUUUUGUUCGUUCUAUUUUUAUCAUUUUCAUAAAGUUUUCAAAAGUCAGGUAAUUUCUAUUCAUACCUGGAUUUUUGUAUUAAACAAACCUGUGUCAGCAUUUAUACAAUCUCAACUAUAUAAAAUUGUGUACGGUACUUGUUUUUAAUUUUGUAAAAGCCUUAAAAAUGAUUUGUGGCAUGGAACAGUUUAAAAUUUUAUUUGUUUUUUUCUUGACUUUUUUUCUCUGAAAGUGAGACAUAUAAUUUGGUUUUCUGUCCACAGCAAGGACAACAGCAUCAACAAUUGUUAAGCUUUCUGCUUAAGUAACUACUAACAAUAGACAAAUAUAUUUUCUUUAAAAAUCAUUGCUGUCUUGGCAUCUCAGUUUGUCUACCAUAUUGAGGCCCUGCACACUAGUUCAAGUGAUUUUAAACUAACAAGCAAUGUUCCUGUUUAUCAGAUUGGUUUUUUGUUUUAUGCCAAUAGACGAGACACAUCUGUUUCAAUAGUUCUUUCUUCUGAAUGUUUCAAUAUUUAUAGAAAUAUUGAAAAAUAUUCAAGAGUGACCGAACAACACUUUAAUUCAAAUUGCAAGUAGCGAAUAAGUUAAUUUUUUAGUGUUGUUAGGUCACCAGUUGAAUAUUUUUCGAUAUUUGAAUUCUCUGAUUCAGCUAUUCUUUUUAUUACAUUAGUAAAAUAAAUAGAGUAAGAAAUUUUAGAAAAAAUAUAUAUUUUAAGGAAAAAUAAUAUCAUUUUUCUAUGCAUUCUCAAUUUGUUUUUAUCAAACGUCAUCCAUGUCUUGACAACACCUAUUGUUGUAUGAUGUCAGAGAAGUGAAAUUCUUGGUUUUUAUUUCACUAGGAAAUCUAUGUAAUUCAAUUCAACUAUUUAGUUUGUGUAAUUUUCUAAAUUAUAUAUUUAUUAGGAGGGCCAUGUGAAUGGAAUUUUUCUUAUUCUAUUUGACCAAUGAUUUGAAUUUCAUUACAGUCAUAAGUAUUUUAAAUCAAUCAUGAUAUGCAAAGAUAACAAUUUUUGGAUCCUUGGCAUUGUUAAAUUCACAGAUAAAAUUCCAAUUUCAAUUGCAUUUUCGAUCAUGUGCAGUCCAUGUUUUAUUGGAAUUAGAACAUGGCUUUGAUUCUAAAGAAGAAUGUCAUAUUAAAAUAAUGUACAACAUGAACAAAAAUUAAGUAAAAGAUAAUUGAUUGUGUUUUAGAAAAUUUCCACAACUGAUUCUUCAAUUAUUUUUUUUUCAAGGCAACAGCCUUUUAAUUUGUUUAUUCAAUUUUGGUCAUAAGAUAGCUUAUGUAUGUAUUUAUAGGUUUGUAUAUAAUUUUGUAAAUAUCUAUCUUUCUUCUGUCAUGUGUAACUUUUAAUACAAAGUAACAAAUGGUUGUAGAUUAUUGUAUACUUUUUGGAGGCAGAGAUACUGCUGGUAGAAGUAAUAUGGUAUGGAAUUAUUACAAUAAAUUGAUAAUAUAUAA